AUGAAAUGUGCCGCAUUUGAUGGUUCUGUAAUUUUAUUUUCGUUCUUUCUUUGCUUGUCGUUCUUUCUUCUUCUUUUUUAUCUAUCUCUUCUUUCUUUCUUUCUUUUUUAUCUAUCCUUUCUUUCUUUCUUUUUUAUCUAUCUCUUCUUUCUUUCUUUUUUAUCUAUCUCUUCUUUCUUUCUUUCUUUCUUUCUUUCUUUCUUUCUUUCUCUCUCUAUCUCUUCUUUCUUUCUUUCUUUCUUUCUUUCUUUAUCUCUCUUUCUUUCUUUCUUUCUUUCUUUCUUUCUUUAUCUAUCUCUUCUUUCUUUCUUUCUUUCUUUCUUUCUCUAUCUCUUCUUUCUUUCUUUCUUUCUUUAUCUAUCUCUUCUUUCUUUCUUUCUUUCUUUAUCUAUCUCUUCUUUCUUUCUUUCUUUCUUUCUUUCUCUAUCUCUUCUUUCUUUCUUUCUUUCUUUAUCUAUCUCUUCUUUCUUUCUUUCUUUCUUUCUUUCUUUAUUUAUCUCUUCUUUCUUUCUUUCUUUCUUUUCAGUUUUCACAUUUUCUAUAUUUCUUUUUGAGUAUUUUCCUUUCUUUCUUUUUUCCUUCUUUCUUGUUUUCCCCUUUUCUUCUCAUUUUUCUUUCUUUCUUUACAUGUUAUAA